AUGCAGCGACCACCUCUUAUCCCUCAACCCGUGUUUCUCCACGUCCAAUGCAACAUGGACGCCUCGUCUGUCAUCACCGAGCACACCGAGCACACCGAACAUACCGAACCUGUGCUCGGUCCUGAGAUGUGGCGCAAGCCACUCUGGGCGCCGUUUCGUGGCGUCAGCUCGUCCCGCUUCACCAGACGCCACAGCAAGACGGAUGGCGCCUUUCGCUCAAAUAUCGCUAUUCCCCUCGAACGAGAAAUUAGUUUUCACGAAGUCGUGCCCGAUUCAUCCAUUCGCCAGCCGUCAAAUGAUGUUAAAAGAGCGUUCAAGCGACUAUGGCGACCAUGCUUAAGGGCUUGCUCAGCAGACAUACCGCCUCCCCGACGCAGCAGAUGCCUCAUCGAGUCUCUCGCAACCCUCCGCCACCGCUCCAUAGCCUUUUCAAUGUUGCUUGUUUGCCUACCACAUCGCCCUUCUUGGGGUGGUCGCAUAUCUUACUGA